GAAAGCUCUUUGUGAAUAAAUCUACCAGAAUAUACAUUUAUAUACCUAAUAAUAGAAUCCUCUGAAUACCUGAAUACACUGGAAUGUCUUGUCAAAAAUCAAGCAGCGCCUCUUGUUGGCGCGGUUGGCGUAUCCAGUCACCAGAAUGACGAUAUUAUCACCAGAGACCUGCCAAUGUCCCCUCGACGACUCGCCGUCAGUGCUAGCCGAUGCUCCACUCUACGGCGGCGCCAUACUUUUUAUGGUGCUUCUAGAGAAGUACAUCAAAGGCCGGUGUGCCAUCAACGACCCAUGUCGAAGAGUACACUCCGUGGACAAUAUCGCUGCUGACUACGAUUUUAUAGUCGUUGGGGGCGGCUCGGCCGGCGCUAUAGUCGCUGGGCGACUAACGGAGAAUACUACUUUCAAUGUACUACUUCUGGAAGCUGGUGGGGAGGCGCCCAUCGCCACACAAGUGCCUUCCUUCUACACGUCAUUCUGGGGCGAUGCUCGCUAUGACUGGAAAUACCGCACCGUUCCUGAUGGAUACUGCCUCGACCAGGAUGGGAAGGGCUGCAUGUGGCCUAUAGGGAAAGUUCUUGGCGGCACCAGCGUGCUAAACGGCAUGAUGUACCACCGGGGCCACGCAGCAGAUUACGAUGACUGGGUGAAGGCCGGAGCCACUGGCUGGUCCUGGGAGGAUAACCUGCCAUACUUCAACAUGAAUGAGGGCAACAAGCAGGUUGGCUCACUUGUGAGCGCCGACCACCAUUCUGAUAAAGGACCGAUGCCUAUUCAGCAGUUUAGACACCAGCCCCCGUUCACAUACGAACUCCUGUCGGCCAUCAGUGAAGCAGGUCUGCCGAUCAUCGCCGAUAUGAACGAUCCCAACACCCCUGAAGGAUUCGUCGUGGCACAGACCUUUAAUGAUAACGGACAGAGAGUGACUCCAGCACGCGCCUACUUGAAACCCAACUCACAGCGCCCGAACCUGAGCGUAAAGCUGAACGUCAGGGUGACUAGAGUGCUGUUCGAUGGGAAACAAGCUACUGGCGUCGAAUAUAUAGACGAGAAUGGCGCUACACAGACCGUCAGGGUGAAGAAGGAGGUUAUCCUCAGCGCAGGUGCCCUUAACACUCCCCACAUCCUACUCCACUCCGGUAUCGGUCCUCGGGAAACUCUAGAAAAGUUCGACAUCCCAGUAUUAGCGGAUCUACCUGUAGGUCAGAACCUGCGGAACCACUAUGGGCUGACGCUGUACUUCACCCUGACGAGUCUGAACAAUACCAGGGGCUUGGACUGGAACGCGCUGACUGAGUACCUGCUGGAUCUGAAGGGACCCAUGACGGGCACGGGGAUUACACAGUUGACGGGGAUGGCGUACUCCUCGUUAGCAGACCGUAGCCGCAAGCAGCCAGACCUGCAGUUCUUCUUCAACGGUUUCUACGCGGAGAAAUCCCUGACUGGUGUCAUCAAUGAACCAGUACAGGACUCCCCGCAAGGACGCAAUAUCUCUGCCAACGCGGCUCUCCUGCUACCCUACGCAGUGGGACACAUCACUCUGAACUCCUCGGAUCCCCUGGACCCGCCGCUAUUCUACCCUGGCUACUUCGAGGACCCUAGAGACUUGGUCAUGCUCAGGGAUGGGGCCAAUUACCUACAGAGAAUUUUCAACACGACGGUCCUUAAAGAAAAGUUCGGCGCAAUACUGGACAGCCGUUAUACCUCCAAGUGUACCUCAGAAACGUGGUCGGCCAAAUGGGUAGAAUGCAUGGCGCGUGUGAACACCGACCCGCAGAACCACCAGAUGGGAACAGCCGCCAUUGGAACUGUGGUCGAUACGCAACUCCGAGUCAAACAAGUCACAGGUCUACGAGUAAUCGACGCAUCAGUCAUGCCGACCCAAGUGACAGGCAACCCGCAAGGCCCUAUAAUGAUGGUGGCCGAACGGGGAACUGCCUUCAUCAAGAAAAACUGGGAGCUGAACCAGUGGAAAGCGAAGCCUAUUGUGACCCCGACACACCCCAUAUUUUUGAACAAGGAACUAUUUAAGCCUAUUGUCGACCAUUUUCAAGCGCUAAGUGAUAAAGUUAAAUUAUAAAGAGAACUGAUUAUAUAUAUUUUGUAAAUAACU